UGUAAACAUGCGGUGACGUAAGAUGUGCGUGGAGCGAGAACAGGCAGCAGCAGCAGGAUCCGUUAUAGAUAGCUUAUAUUAUAUAUUGUGUAUAUACACACGCUCGGUGCCUUAGUACCGGAGGUGGGCAUUUUGUGAAGACAUUAUGCUUUCAUGUGCUCGUUUGUAACAGCGACUAUGGAAAUACAAUUCAGAGGUCGCCCUGCUGGGAUUUCUAGUUCUUUCGCAACUGGCGAGUCGCCGCACAAAUAACAAUGCAGUAUUUAUUAUAGAUGACCUAGCGGACCGGUUUUAUAUUCCGUUCACACAGUGACAGCGGCUGUGUCCUCUCACUGACAGAAGAGUAGCCUCCGCCUUUUUCACUAGUUUGUCCGCAGCAGUUCCCCGUACAUCAGCGUGCGGCUGAGGGGCGGGCACACGUGGGGAGACUUGCUGCGCGGUGACUGCAGCUGGGACUGGCGGAAAGUUUGUUGUGUGCGGUGUCAGCGCCAGUCUGUGCCCAGUUUAGAGAUAGUUGAAGAACAGCUUCAGUACAAUUCACGUGAGCAUGCCUGCUGCUUGUGAAUCAUUAAUGGAUGACAUUGAAGACAUUGUCUCAGCAUCAGACCCAAAACCUCAUGAUCGUCAGUUUGCAAAACAAAAUGUUGUUCCCAGAGUGCGGAAGAGAAAUAAAAAUCAAGUCCAAGAAGAACCACCAGCUGACAGCACUAUCCCGGGCACUCAGAAGAUCUGGAUACGGACAUGGGGCUGCUCGCAUAACAACUCUGAUGGGGAGUAUAUGGCUGGCCAAUUAGCUGCAUAUGGCUAUGGUAUAACAGAGCAUCCGGAUCAGGCUGAUUUGUGGCUGCUGAACAGCUGCACAGUGAAGAGCCCAGCUGAGGACCACUUCAGAAACUCCAUUAAAAAAGCGCAAGAGGAGAAUAAAAAAGUGGUUUUGGCUGGAUGUGUCCCUCAAGCACAACCACGUCAGGAGUAUCUGAAAGGCCUCAGUAUAAUAGGGGUACAACAAAUUGAUCGAGUAGUGGAAGUUGUUGAAGAAACAAUUAAAGGUCACUCUGUGCGACUGCUGGGUCAGAAAAAGGAUAAUGGAAAACGGUUGGGGGGAGCUCGAUUGGAUUUGCCAAAGAUUAGGAAGAACCCACUGAUAGAAAUCAUUUCCAUCAAUACAGGGUGUUUAAAUGCAUGUACAUACUGUAAAACAAAACAUGCUAGAGGGGAGCUUGCCAGUUACCCGAUAGAAGAGCUGGUUGAUCGAGCAAAACAGUCUUUCCAAGAGGGUGUCUGUGAAAUCUGGCUGACCAGUGAAGACACAGGAGCUUAUGGCAGAGACAUUGGCACAGAUCUACCUACCCUUCUUUGGAAGCUGGUUGAUGUCAUACCUGAGGGCGCAAUGCUGAGACUUGGCAUGACCAACCCCCCUUAUAUUUUAGAGCAUUUGGAGGAAAUGGCAAAGAUUUUGAACCAUCCCCGGGUAUACGCGUUUCUGCACAUCCCAGUGCAGUCGGCAUCAGACAGUGUGCUUAUGGACAUGAAAAGAGAAUACUGCAUUGCAGACUUCAAAAGAGUGGUGGAUUUCUUGAAAGAGAGAGUGCCCGGAAUUACAAUCGCUACGGACAUCAUCUGUGGCUUUCCUGGGGAGACAGAUGAAGAUUUUAAGGAGACUUUAAAACUAGUUGAAGAAUACAGAUUCCCAAGCCUCUUCAUUAAUCAGUUUUACCCACGCCCGGGGACUCCAGCUGCUAAAAUGCUGCAGGUUCCAGCUCAUGUGAAAAAACAACGAACAAAAGAACUGUCCCAACUUUUUCAUUCAUACAACCCAUACGACCACAAGAUUGGCCAAAAGCAGCAAGUUUUAGUCACAGAAGAAUCCUUUGACCACCAAUACUAUGUGGCUCACAAUCAAUGUUAUGAACAGGUACUUGUUCCGAAAGAUCCAGCAUUCAUUGGGAAAAUGGUUGAAGUACAUAUUUUUGAAGCAGGAAAACAUUAUAUGAAGGGAAAACCAUUGUCAGACUCACAGGUCUACACUCCGUCCAUCACCAAGCCUCUAGAGAAGGGAAAAGUUUCUGGUUUAUCAGAGGAGUCCAAAACAUUGCAGAACAAUGGUGCCAGCUCCAGUGGGAAACCCGCAGAAGCACAUGACCAAGCCAUCUUCCAGACUGCCUGGGGAGAGAGAAGAGAAAGAACGGUUCUCUACAUUCUCGCUGUGCUAGCUGUCCUUAUCGCUUUUUUAGGGUUAAAGUUAUUUGACAGAGAGGUUUUAGGAAAUUAAAAUGUUGAUAUUUAAGAAAUAACAGGAGAAUUGAAUUAGAUCAGUAAGCUACAGUACAGUAUUGUGUGGUGUCAGUUUUUCUUGUUUUUGUCCAGCAUAUAUUAGUGUAUCAUUUGUACAGAUAGCUUCAUAUGCUGGACUUAAUGUUCUUUCAAUUAACAACAGGAAAUGAUGGAAUAUGGUAUUCAGAAUACAGCCACAACUUUACAUUUAUAAUGCAUUUCUGAAUUGUGCUACAGUAUGUGCAAACUGUAGUCUGUAAAAACACCUUGUAUAGCGCAGCGAGGUGAACACUGGUUAGUGUUAAAGUGCUCAGAUUGUAAUGUUGGCCAUUUACAUGCAAAUCCAGCCAAUUGGCCUAGUCACGGAAUGACCAGGGUCAAGCCCAUGUUCAGUUAAUGAAAAACCUAAUGGUACAAAUUGUCCAGUGUGGUCCCAUGUUGAUAAGGCUGACAGUAGCUUGGGCUGAAGGACUGCUGUUAGCCAAUGACGCACUCUCAUCAGAUGACUGGAUUUUCCAGCAUGCUCUCUAAAAAUCCAAUUGGCCUUGAUGAGAUUGCUCAUCUCUCUGGCUCCACAAACUGAGCAAUGUUGGGGUAAUUUGGUUAGAAACAAAAAUAAUCUGAUUGCACUUGUGUUACUGUGGUUCUUGUAUAUAAUACAGUAAAAGCUAGACCUGCGGUGUGUUACAGUGCCAUGUUCUCCGAUUAGUUUCCAUGCUGGAAACCAAUCUGCAUUAUCUCCAAUAGAAAUGAAUUGCUCAAAGGGGUUUUUUCUUUUCCCUAAACAUCCAUCUGCAUUUACUUUGAACUGUGAAAGUGUGAAGUAUGCAGUACUAACCCACCGCCUACUGAUCUGCUGAGCCAUCGAUAGCUGACUCUGACAAAUGCAUUUCUUAUGUGGAUUUUUACCUGGAGAACUGUAUUGUUGACCUGUUCAAUUUACAAUUCUGCACAGUUAGUUUAAUUGAAUUUAAUGCCGAUUCAGGCUUAUUCUGUUGUUAAUGCUAAAUUAUCGCAAGUUCGGAUUUAUCUGGAUUUUUCUUUUUGGAUAUCCAAAACACGUGACAACCAGAUAGCCAAUAAAAUGCUAUUUUGAAAUCCGGGUAAAUCCGAACUCGCAUGUCUAUAAUUUAAAUGUGCAAUUUGAGAGCAAAAGCUUUUUUGGAGUUGAAUGAAAUUGUGCAUUUUUUUUUUUUAAUUAUACUGAUUUCUGCAAUGUAAACACUUAGCCAAUUGCUUGAAGGACAAACCUGUUACCCGAGUAAUGUAAAGUAAUAUGUGUGAGAACAAACAUUAAGAAGCACCACAUAUUUGUCCCAACUCUUACUGAGGGCGGCGGACUUUCAAAAACAUUUUUUAAUGACAGACAUUUACCAGAUAUAUUCCAUUCUAAAAUGUGGCUUCUCUGAUAGGAUUCAUAUUCUCCUGCUUUUGUUUUUAUUUUUUUUGUUUUAAAUAUAUUUUAAGUGGCAUAUUCAGUGUUGCUAGUUGUCACACUUUGUAAGGGGUAUUUAAAGGUGCAAAGACCAGUAGUGUAUUGUAACCCAUAUCAACCAGUUUAGUCUCAGAGGUUAUUAAUUUAGUGUAUAGCAUGAAGACUAUUGCUGGGUACACACUAGACGAUGUGUGUACACAGCGAUAUUGGCAGCGACGGGACCCAGCUGUAUGCACAUCCGACGGGCGAUGUCGCUGACGACGCGCGAGAGCGCGUAUCGUCCGCGACAUAGUGCAUAUGCACUACACCAUAUUGUGAACGUUGUGUUGGAAUCGGGCACAUCAUCCACUAUAUUGUCUAGUGUGUACACAGUUUAAGAAAAGUGAGGAUUUGGCUGCUAUAUUUACUCUGUCUGUCCAAUUGCACCUUUUUAUUAACUAAUCCCCUGUGUUUGAUAGCAACAAAUAUUUUUAUUAAUAGGCUUGAAAAUGGAAGUUGUAAAAUGUGAUGUGUGGAAAUAAAAAUAUAGACAAAAAGUA